AGUCGCAAUGGAAGAAAAAGUGAAAACAAACAUUCACGAUCUGUUCAGCUCGGCAGCGGAACGGAAAACAUAUCUCAAGAUUUGUGCUCCGAUGGUAAGAUACAGCAAGCUCGAGUUCCGCAAUUUGGUUCGGUCGUACGGCACGGAUAUUGCUUUCACCAGCAUGAUCAUGGCUGACUCGUUUUGCAGAAGCGAAAAGGCGCGACUGAAUGAAUUUACAACUAACAAAGACGAUACGCCUCUGAUAGCCCAAUUUGCAGCAAACAAUGUUACCGACUUUCUUUCUGCAACUGAAAUGGUCUAUCCUUAUGUUGAUGGUGUAGAUUUGAACUGUGGCUGCCCGCAACGGUGGGCAAUGAAGGAAGGCUACGGUAGUGCGAUGCUUAAAAAUCCGGAGAUGAUAGCUGACCUGCUGGGCACGGUGCGCCGGAACAUGCCAAACUCAUUCAGCGUGUCGGUAAAGGUUCGAUUGUUGUCAAGCACACACCUAAAGGAGACAAUCGAAAUGUGCCGCCAGCUCGAAGCAACCGGCAUCAGCUUCUUGACCGUGCAUGGACGAACCGCGGCGGAGAAAACGAACGUUCCCGUGCACAAAGACGCACUGAGAGAAAUCAAACAAUCAAUCGCCAUCCCCAUGGUCGCUAAUGGUGAUAUAUUCACUCUUGACGAUGCAGAACAAAUGCAUCGGGAGACACAGUGCGAUGGAGUAAUGACGGCCCGCGGCAUACUUUCCAAUCCGGCCCUCUUCGCCGGGGACAGGAGCACUCCGGUCGGGUGCGUUAAACGGUGGCUCAGCAUCUGCCAGCAGGCCGAUACAGACAUCACCUACCAGUGUAUGCAUCAUCAUUUUUCGUUCAUGACGGAAUCGUUGCUCCCGAAGAAGCGACGCGUUCAGUUGAACAAUCUAGCCAAGGAUAAGGAGAAGGUGUACGAGUUUAUACGGACCUACCUACCGCUCGAUUUGGUCGCUUGUUCUGACGUUGAUCAUCCGGCCAAAAUAAGCUGUUCCUACAGCGAGGCAAACUUUCGCAAACGGCUGGCGGAGAAUGGUGAUAAAAUAGGCCACGGAAGUAGGAGUUGCACCUACGAUAGUGAGGCUUCGGAUGGCAACUUUUUCCAGAGUAAGCGAGCAGAGCUUGGCGAGACCGACCAGACGGAGGAUGGACUUAACGACGAUGGAGUAGAUUUUAUGGAUGGUGGUGCCAUGUUCGAUGAAUAAUACUUUUGAUAUUUGAUUUUGAA